AUGAAACCCGAAAUCAUUGAUGCUAUAGCGCCUGUAUACGAACCGCUGAUUGCAGCACCAACCGCACGUCUUGACACACCUACCACCAAUUCUCAUUCAGAGUCUCAGCCAAGUCCCUCUGUCAACACCUGCGCGUCUCCCAAACCAAAAAAGCCAUUGUUCAACACCAAAUACAAGCUUCAGCAUACAGAUCUGCAUCGUAACAGCGUGUUGACUCACGGUACAAACGAGCAAGACCGCAUGGUAGCACAACACUAUCUCUUAAGGACGGCAUUCAGGGGCGAGUUUUUAGCACCCAUCCAAUCUGCGUUAAAGAAAGGCUGCAUCGUGCUGGACAUGGGAUGUGGUCCGGGCACAUGGACCAUGGAGAUGAGCACGGCGUUUCCUCGAUCCACCUUCAUAGGUUUUGAUUUGGAAAAUGUGUAUCCCCACGACAUCAAACCAAAAAACUGCCAUUUUCGAACAUGCGACCUUACUAUCCUGCCAUUGCCCUUGCCCGACAACAGUGUGGAUUUUAUUUUUCAGAGAGAUAUGAACUGGUAUCUGAAAGCCCACAUGUGGUUGCCUCUUCUCAAGGAAUACUUGCGUAUCCUAAAACCUGGUGGCUGGAUUGAGCUGGUGGAGCCGGACUUGCAAACACAAUGCAGUGGCACUAUGGAGCUUUUAAUGAAUGAUAAAUUGAUACGCGCAUUUUCACUUCGACAACAAGACCCAUCUUCAGCACGUCGGCUUGCAAGUUUGCUGGCGAUCAGCGGCUUUCGGCGGGUGGAAAGCGAUUUCCAAUCUUUCCCGCUUGGAUGGGGCUGGCUGCAUCAAAGCCACCGAAUCAACGACUCACCACCAUGCUCUUCCGACCAUGAUAUUACCGUUGUCGGAACGCACCGCUCAGAAUUCGUAAGAGCAGUUGCCAGUCAGUACAUGUUCUUGUUAAAGUCUCUCAAGCCAUGGCUGUCCCGGUUUAUGAGUAUGACUGAUGAGAAGUACGAUGCUUACAUAGAAGCUCUGCCGGCGGAGUGGGCUCAAAUGCAGACGUACACUAAUUGGCACUGUGCCACGGCACAAAAGCCAUGUCAAACAUAUCUUUAUCACACUCCUUAA